UGUUUUCCUUUUUUUAUCCUGAUGUUUUACACAGCUGAGAGAGGACGUAGUGAAAACGAAUUGAACAGCCAGUCUCUACUGAUCGGGCGGAGUGACACCGCUUCUUUUGUUCCAUAUCCGGUUGAUGCUAAAACUUAAUUCAAAUAUACCUAAACAAUGCCCUUACAAACAUGUUCAGAAAUUGAAGUCUCGUAUGGGAUGAAUGGGAUGGUGAUGGACUAUUGCGGCUCCUAUCUGAAGAGGAAGAGGCACUACAGUGAGCAGUCCUCCCUAGGCUGCAGUCUAGAGUACACAGACCUGGAGGCUGCAGAGGCUCUGGUCUGCAUGAGCUCUUGGGGCCAACACCGCCCCAACCCCUGCAAACCCAGACCCCUUACCCCCGCCUCGGACUCCUGCGACUCCCUUUUGCCUCUGGACCCACCGGAGACCCCCAAAGACUUUGUCUCGCUCUCCUCCCUGUGUAUGACACCUCCUCACAGCCCCAGCUUUGCUGAAACCCCCACCAGUACUGCCAUCCACACAAGCACCUCUCCUCUGAGCCGGCCCAGCUCCAGCCUUUCUGUAAGGGUCUGUGGGGUCCCACGACCGCCCAUGGCCUCUAUUGCUGAGUCCCCAACCACUGGAAAGACCCCACCACCGGCACCCUGCCGAGCAAUGGUAACCAGCGUCAUCCGCCACACUGCAGACACACAGCCCUGCGAGCAAAUUCCAGCACACCCCACCGAGCAACAGAGGAUCUCAGAGCUGGUGGUCCAUCAACAGCACACAGUAAAGACUGAAAAGAGCAGCAAACCUCCCUUCACACCCAACCUCGCCCUCAUCUCUUCCUGUAGGGAACAGCCAGUCAAGACUGAGAAGGAAGAGCCAAAGGCUAUCCACUGUAAGGAGAGCCCCUCCCCUCCCGCUAACACCCAAUCACAAAACAGCCUGCCCACAUGCCUCUCCCCGCCCCCCACCUCCAAUCCUCCAAUCAUCUGCCAGAUGUUCCCGGUGACCAGCCAAUCAGGGAUGAUCUCAGCGUUCAUCCAGGGCCCGAUGCAGACAUCCAGGACCCCCACAUCCAUCCUGCCCCAGUCUGGCCCUCUAGGGGCCCUCCAGCAGCCCUUCCUCAUGGGCCAAGCUAUGCCCCAGGGCACGGUGAUGCUGGUUCUCCCCCAGUCCCACAUGUCUCAGGCACCCCACUGCUCCCCACAGACUGUCAUGACCCUGGGCCACGCCAAGCUGCUACCUCUGGCCCCCGCCCCGGUCUACAUGCCCGCCGGACCCUGCAGCGCCACGAAGAUGGACUUCUCCCGCCGGAGGAACUACGUGUGCAACUUCCCCGGCUGCAGGAAGACUUACUUCAAGAGCUCCCACCUCAAGGCACACCUCCGAACACACACAGGUGAGAAGCCCUUCAGUUGCAGUUGGGAGGGCUGCGACAAGAAGUUUGCGCGCUCUGACGAGCUCUCGCGUCAUCGGCGGACCCACACGGGCGAGAAGAAGUUUGUGUGUCCCGUGUGCGAACGGCGCUUUAUGCGUAGCGACCACCUGACCAAACAUGCCCGCCGUCAUAUGACCAGCAAGAAGACCCCCUCCUGGCAGGCUGAGGUGCGCAGCCCCAACAAAAUGUCCUCUCCCAAGCCUCUGCCGUCAAACCCUGCCUCACUCUCCCUCAGUAUGCUGGUACCUGCCUUAAACUAGACUCUGCCCAACACUACCCACUAGUGACUUCUUACCCAAAACCCCCAAACCAUGACAUGGAUAGGGGGGGGGUAGUCAAGCACACAAGGCUGCCAUUUUACUCAUGGAGAAUGUCUGAAGACAUGCACUGGACUCUGUAUUUUUUUUUAUUUUACUGCUCAUUUGUACAUUUUUGUUUACUUUUCAGAUAUUUUACACAAUUGUAUGUAUGUAUGUAUGUAUGUAUGUAUGCACUCUUUUGCCAAAGCCUUUGUAAUGAAGUUUGUCUUUUACAUUUCACCUGUCUUCUUUGUAUGUAUAUUUGUACAUAAUAUCUAUGUGAUUGUGUUGUAUUUCAAACUACAUUUGUUAAUUUGGGAAAAUGACUUAAUUGUGUAAAAUAAUCUAUGUGGAUAGUAAUCUAUACUGUGAUAAUUACUUACUGACUUUUCAUAUUAUUUAAUACACAUUUGUAAUAAAGACAUAUUAUAAACUGG